AAAAGUAUUUGGUGAUUUUGAUUCCGCAGACCUUUUUUAGUCGCAAAAAGGUCGCUAAAAAUGACCACCGACUUUGGUGGCAGCCAAUUUGUGUCGAGCAACCCGAGCGCCAGUUGCGGCAGCACAUCCCGCUGGCUAACCGAGGAUGUUUUUAAACUUGUGGACAUUGUCCAGCGGGACGAAGCCAUCUACAACCCGCGGCACAAGUACUACUUCUGCCGACCCUACGUGGAGAACUUCUGGAGAGAAGUGGACCUGAAGCUCGAGAAGAACCCGGGCGCCAGCUUGGCCAAGUGGACCAACCUCCGCAUCUCUUUUCGACGCGAAUACACCAAUUAUUUGGAAGAGAAGGUGCCACCAUGCUGGUCCUACUUCGAAUGCAUGUUCUUUCUGCACCCUUACCUCCGGAAGAAACACCAGCAACCCAAGUCGCUGGAUACGCAGGUGCAGGACGCUCUCGCCCAUCUGUCAAGCCUGUCCAAUCGCAUGCAGCGCGAGCGUUCAGCGGUGAUCCCGGCCAGUAGCAGUAGCGGUCAGCCUUCAGUGUCGGCGCAUCAGUCGCCGCAGGCUCAUCAGCAGCUAGACAACUACUUGGACUACUUCGACGAAGCGGAGCACAACAACUCCGAACUGGAGGACAUCAUCGAGGAAGAGCAGCAGCGAACCAACCGUUUCCACAACCAGUUGGACAGUAACGAUAUUAAGUCCGAGUGCGAGGAGCCGGCGGAUGACUUCGAACAGGAACAGGAAGAAGAUGAGCAUGAGGAUCACGACUUGCACAAAAUUGCGCCAACUUCCAGUUCCACGGCGGCGGUGGUCGAGGCCCAACGGCGCUACGCUCACCAUCAGCCACAGUCCACCCGACUGCACUUGGGGCGUCUGCAGAUGCGCGGCUACCAGGACGAGUUGCGAGGUGGAAUUCGGCCCCGUUCGCAGGAGUUACAGGCACCUACUGCCUCGGGGACAGGCGUUAAUUUCACGUCGCAACCGGCAACCCACUCAAAUAUCUCCUUUGUGCGACCCACAUUCUCCAAGCCAGUGGACCUCGUCAGCACGACUACACACAGUGGCAGCGGAGCAGUAGGAGGAGGAGUUGGUGGUGGGGUGGCCGUAGGCGCAGCUCCUUCGGAAGCCGAGCUACCUACGCCUUCUACUGCGGCCGGGCCCACAACCAUAAUGCCUACUAGCAGCGGUGGAAAUGGAAGCAGUUACCUUCGCCACAAUCAUUCUCAUGGAGGACAUCACACGGCGCCACCAUCAGGGCUGCCAUUGCGACUAGAGACCAAUAAUUCGGGUGGUGGAUCCUUGGCCAACGGAAGUGGCGGGGGUGUGGAGUUAUGCGACUGCAAAACCGAUCCUGAUGCCAUGUUUUUAAUGAGCCUUCUGCCAGACAUCCAGAAGCUAAACGGACGCGAUCGCGGCAAGAUAAAGAUUGCCUUUCAGAACAUCCUGCAGGACUACCUAUACCCGGACUAACUACGAUCUCUGUGUAUACUAUCCGCUUAAAUAGUCUGGCAACUCAUUCGGCACAGCCGGAAGGUUUUCGCUUUCUAUUGUUUUUGGUUUAUCGUUUGUAAAAUUUUAUUUAAUCUGCUGUGCAAGAACAAAGUAUCCUUAAAUUGUUUUGAACACUAUUUUCUAUGUUUAUUAAGUGUAUAAAUAUUUAUAAAUAUUAAUUGUGUAAUACACAAGAAUAAAUUCAUUCGAAAUUAUGCGAAA